CCUAACGUUUCUUGAAUAUCAUCGUCUAACGUUCAGAGACUUAAAGAUCUCUCAUUUUGUUAUUUAUUGGAAAAGUGAUCCAAAUUUAUCCAAUAUGCAGCUUUUCAUUCGUGGCCAGACAACCAGUGCCCUUGAGGUACUUGGGAAUGAGACAGUUUUUGAUCUAAAGGCAAGAAUCUUUGAUGCCACAGGUAUCGCAGUAUCAGAUCAAAUUCUUCUUCAUUCUGGUAGACCCCUUGACAAUGAGGAAGUGAUUACAGAAAGUGGGAUAAAUGAGUUGGCUACAGUUGAUCUUGCUGUCCGUUUACUUGGAGGAAAAGUGCAUGGCUCCCUGGCUCGUGCCGGUAAGGUGAAGGGACAGACACCAAAGGUUGACAAGCAAGAAAAGAAGAAAAAGAGGACUGGUCGUGCCAAGCGUAGAAUGCAAUACAACCGUCGGUUUGUAAAUGUAGUUCCAACAUUUGGAAAGAGGAGAGGCCCUAACUCGAACUCUUAGAUGUGUGUACAUUUAAUAAUAACUUUAUUUUCACAUCUGUAAUGAUUGUGAGAGAUCUAAAUAAAUAAAAGAUCUUUUGGAGAGGUA